AGUUAGAGUCUUAGAGAGAGAGGAGAGAGAGAAAUUUGAAAAAUCAGUAGAAAUGGAGAAUCCCGAAGGCGAAGCCAUCACCAUGGAGACUGCAAUCCGCUGUGCCAAAGCUUUAUCCGUAAUUUCAUCUAUCAAAGAUUCUCAGCUUCACGAGUUGAUGGAAUUAAUCGACAAAGAAGAAGAAGCAGGAAACGAACAUGUUGACGAGUUGGAAUUAUUGAGAACUGCUGCAGACCUGAGGCUUCUAUUGAUUGAAGAGCGUGAAAAGAUGAAUAUAUUCAAGCACCGGGGUUUGUUGGAGUUUAAGUAUCAGAUGUUAUUGGUAUUUUUUCUCUUGGUUCUUCUGGUUUUGAUUUCGAUCUGAUAUUCCUACUGAGAUCUAUUGUAAAUCUGGUCAUGUAAUGUUCGUAUUUCAGUAUCAAUUUAGUCGUAGUAAGAUGAAUUCUUCAUUUUAGGGUUUAAUCUUGCCACGAAUUGUUCGUAUGUCAGUAUCGGUUAGUUGCAGUAAGACGGAUCUUGUUCAUUUUUAGGGUUCUUCUUGUUCACAAAUCACACAUAUAUAGUUGUGCGAAUUCUGGGAAAUGAAAUUCUAGUGUUAAGUAUUAUAUGAAUGAAAUUAUGAAUUUACUCAGAAA